CAAAGUAGAGUUAUGCCCCUUUCCACGAAAAACAUCACAAAAACACGUGUGAAAUGGGAGGGCAGCGACAAAAGAAGUAUGAAAAAGGAGAAGCCACGGCAUUUAUGUCCAGAAACCAGGCAGUCAACAAACUGCAGCUGACUCUGGCUGAUUUCAGACGCUUGUGCAUUCUGAAAGGAAUUUAUCCACAUGAACCUAAGCACAAGAAGAGAGUAAACAGAGGAAGCACAGUUCCCAAGACAUACUACCUGGUCAAGGAUAUCAACUUUCUGGCCCAUGAACCCAUCAUUAACAAGUUCAGGGAGUUCAAGCACUUUGUGAGGCGAUUGAAGAAGGCGAUAAAUAAAAGGAACAAAGAUGCGGAACAGAGAAUUCGCAGCAAUAAACCCAAGUACAAGCUGGACCACAUUGUCAAGGAGAGGUAUCCUUCAUUCCAAGAUGCCCUGAGAGACCUGGAUGACUGCCUGUCCAUGUGUUUUCUGUUUGGAACAAUGCCACAGAGUGCUCGAAUACACAUGGAAUACAUCAACCAUGCCAGAAAACUCACAGUGGAGUUUAUGCAUUACAUCAUAGCAUCGCGGUCAUUAAGGAAGGUGUUCAUUUCCAUAAAAGGGAUAUACUUUCAAGCAGAGGUGAUGGGACAGACACUAACUUGGGUGAUGCCUCACAGUCUCGGGUUUCAGCACCCAGAUGAUGUGGACUACAAGGUGAUGCAGACAUUUGUGGAAUUUUACACAACAUUGCUGGGAUUCAUGAAUUACAAGAUGUACCACAGCAUUAAUCUGCACUACCCACCAAAGCUAGAGCUGGAGAUGGCUUCCGCUGUUGACGAUAGUGAGGAGAAAAUGACAGAAAAAGAAAGAUACCAGGAGAGGUUGUCUGCCCUGUCUCAAACACUGAAGUCCCUAGAUGAAGGAGGUGGAGAGGAUGAGGUUCAAUUAGAUGAAUUCCCAGCCUCUGAUACUGAUGACCCAGAUCGAGUUGAGAAAGCGAAAGUUGAAGCAGAGAGAGUGAAGAAAUUACAGAAUUUGUUCAAAGGACAAAAAUUUUUCCUGAACAGGGAAGUUCCUAGGGAGACCUUAGUAUUUAUUAUCAGGUGCUUUGGAGGCGAAGUAUCCUGGCACAAAUCAGUUGCCGUGGGAGCCACUUUUUCGGAGUCAGAUGAGUCUAUAACACAUCAGAUAGUGGACAGACCUCAGGCAAAGAACCAAUAUCUGUCCAGGUACUAUGUACAGCCUCAGUGGGUGUUUGACAGUGUCAAUACAAACUCUCUUGUUCCUGUGGAGCACUACUUCCCUGGAGCCACCCUCCCUCCACAUCUGUCCCCAUUUGUUGACGAGGAGGAAGGAGAUUAUGUUCCCCCUGAGAGACAAGCCAUGAUCAACAGACAACUCGGUCUACAGGAUGACUCGGGUGUGGAAGAAGAUGAAGUAGAAAGUGAAGACGAGGAGGAAGAGGAGGAGGAUAAUGAAGAUGAGGAAGAAGAGGAAAGUGAUGAUGAGGAAGUAGAAGAGGAGGAUGGGCAUGAUAAAAAAGAUGUAAAGAGAAAGAGAAAACUUGAUGAUUCAUUAGCAGCUGAUAACUCAAAGCUGAACAUGUCUGUGGAAGCAGGAGCCCCUGAGAAAGUCAACGUGGAGCAGAAACUCCAGCGACAGACGAUGGAGGAGCGCAGACUGGCAGAAAUGAUGAUCCCCAAGAAAAAGAAACGACUGUAUGAUAAAAUCAUGUAUGCCAAGAAAAAGAAAACUCAAGAGACAAGAAAACUGAAGGAAAAACGGGAAGCAAUAGAGAAACAGAAGAAAGUGGAUAGUAAGAAGAAGAAGAAGAAAGUUUGAUUGUUUUGGACGAGAUGAGGGGGAGGGGUUAGUUACAUUUUGAAAUAAAUGUUACACACAA